GUCUUUUCUCCAAUCACCGCCGAGGUGAGAGGAGUUGCCGGGAUGUGGCCGUAGCUAACAUGGAGCCUUCGGUAGGAUGAGUGUGAGAUUGCCGUUGCUGGCUCCUCCUGUCUUCCCUGCCUCAACAUGUUGGUGCACUUAUUUCGGGUCGGAAUCCGGGGUAGUCCAGUUCUAGGAUGGUCACUACAAUCCUUGCGCUUCCACACCUUCUCGGCCGCCAGGUCCUCAGAUGACCAGUUCGGUUCAUGCCUCCUCCGGGCAGUGGCCCAGCUGCGGUCACAGCUCCGGGCUCACCUUCCUCGGACCCCGCCAGCUUCCCACCGGAGUUCCUCUACUUGGUGUUGGAUUGGGGGGACGUUGGUGGUCCCUGCAGUGCUAUGGCAGUAUCCCCGCCUCUGCCUUAUAGCACUGUGUGAGGCCGAAGGGUCCCCUCCUGCUCACCCCCAACCCCAUGUCCCGGAGCUGCGUUUUAACUGGAAGCUGUUCUGGCAUUUCCUUCACCCCCAUCUGCUGGCCCUGGGGGUAGCCAUUGUGCUGGCCUUGGGUGCCGCACUCGUGAACGUGCAGAUCCCCUUGCUCCUGGGCCAGCUGGUGGAGAUCGUGGCCAAGUACAUGAGGGACCGCGUGGGGAGCUUCGUGUCUGAGUCCCGGAGGCUCAGUACCCAGCUGCUCCUGCUUUACGGUGUUCAGGGACUGUUGACCUUCGGGUACCUAGUGCUGCUGUCCCACAUCGGUGAGCGGAUGGCCAUGGACAUGAGGAAAGCCCUUUUCAGCUCCCUGCUCCGGCAAGACAUUGCUUUCUUUGACGCCAAAAAGACAGGGCAGCUAGUGAGCCGCUUGACUACCGACGUGCAGGAAUUCAAGUCAUCGUUCAAGCUUGUCAUCUCCCAGGGACUGCGCAGCUGCACCCAGGUGAUUGGUAGCCUGGUGUCUCUGUCUCUGCUGUCCCCGCGCCUUACACUGCUUCUGGCUGUCGCCACACCUGCCCUCAUGGGAGUGGGCACCCUGAUGGGCUCAGGUCUCCGAAAGUUGUCUCGCCAGUGUCAGGAGCAGAUUGCCAGGGCAACAGGUGUAGCAGACGAGGCGCUAGGCAAUGUUCGGACUGUGCGGGCCUUUGCUAUGGAGAAGAGGGAAGAGGAACGCUAUGAAGCGGAACUAGAGUCCUGCCGCUGUAAAGCAGAGGAGCUGGGCAGGGGCAUCGCCUUGUUCCAAGGGCUCUCCAACAUCGCUUUCAACUGUAUGGUCCUGGGCACCCUAUUCAUUGGGGGCUCCCUUGUGGCUGGACAGCAGCUGAGAGGGGGAGACCUCAUGUCUUUCCUGGUGGCUUCCCAGACAGUGCAGAGGUCUAUGGCUAGCCUCUCUGUCUUGUUUGGUCAGGUGGUGCGUGGGCUGAGUGCAGGUGCCCGUGUCUUUGAGUACAUGGCCCUGAACCCCUGCAUUUCAUUGACGGGGGGCUGCUGUAUCCCCAGCAAGGACCUCCGUGGCUCUGUGACCUUCCAUAAUGUCAGCUUCAGCUACCCCUGCCGCCCUGGCUUCGAGGUGCUCAAGGACUUCACCCUGACGCUGCCUCCCGGCAAGAUCGUAGCUCUUGUGGGCCAGUCUGGCGGAGGAAAGACCACAGUCGCUUCUUUGCUGGAGCGCUUCUAUGACCCCACAGCUGGCAUGGUGACACUGGAUGGGCAUGACCUGCGUACUCUGAACCCCUCCUGGCUCCGGGGCCAGGUCAUAGGUUUCAUCAGCCAGGAGCCAGUCCUAUUUGGAACAACCAUCAUGGAGAAUAUCCGCUUCGGGAAGGUGGAAGCUUCUGACGAGGAGGUGUACGCAGCUGCUCGGGAAGCCAAUGCCCACGAGUUCAUCAGCAGCUUCCCUGAGGGCUACAGCACCGUGGUCGGUGAGCGGGGUACAACCCUGUCUGGUGGCCAGAAGCAACGCCUGGCCAUCGCACGUGCCCUCAUCAAGCAGCCCACCGUGCUGAUCCUGGACGAGGCCACCAGUGCACUAGAUGCAGAAUCUGAGAGGGUAGUACAGGAGGCUCUGGACCGGGCCAGCGCUGGUCGUACCGUGUUAGUCAUUGCCCACCGGCUCAGUACUGUCCGUGCAGCCCACUGCAUUGUUGUCAUGGCCAACGGCCAAGUCUAUGAGGCUGGCACCCAUGAAGAACUCCUUAAAAAAGGCGGGCUCUAUGCAGAGCUUAUCCGGAGACAAGCCCUGGAUGCCCCACUGACCUCAGUCCCAUCUGCAGAGAAGCCUCGAGAGCCCAGGAGUGGCCAGCGGAAAGCCUGAAAGGUCCCCUGAGGACAGGCCACUGCCAAGCAUCCUCUGUGGCUGCAGCUCUGCCAGGGCAGAGCCCUUGAAGGGCCAGUGUGCUGGGGCGUGGCCUGCACUCCUGCUCCCUUGAAAGCACUUGGCCCGGCAGCUGGGGUGGGAGGGGGGCUUUCCUCCCCCUGCUUUGCCCAUCCUGACUCGGCCCUGUGGUUACUGGGAUGUGGUCAGUGAGGCAGAAUCCCUGAGCACCUCUGCCUGACCCUCUCAGUCUGGCCCAGUUCUACCCAUCACUCUGUUGCUCAGGCCCUCGCUCCUGGGGGCUGAAAUUCAUGGUCCAGCCAGGCCUGGUAGAAUGGGCUGUGAUUCCACUUGGGAGACAGAAGUAGGAGUAUCAAGAGUUCAAGGUCAUCCUGGGUUACAUCGUGAAACUCUAUCUCAGAAAAAGAAAAAAAAACAUAAAUAAAUAAAAUAAAAUUUUAAA